UCCAUAAACAAACUGCGCAGACGCGGUUAUGGACAGUGAGAUAGCGCACUAGGAAGAAAUUCACACGCUGCUGUUGUCACACGCCGACCAGCACAUUUCUCUGGGAUAUAACAAUAACAAAACCUUUCCAUUUGUACAUUUUCCCGUCGGGGCGAAUAUGGCGACGCUGGGACCGGAGCCCCGUCCCCACUCCCAGCUGCCUUCAGCAGCAUUACAGCCGAACCUGAGCGGACUGGGCUCGAACACGAACCUGCCCCUGAACCGGGGCUUAGAGAGAGCUCUGGAGGAUGCGGCCAACUCGGGAUUUCUGAACCUCAGCACAAGAAAACUGAAGGAAUUUCCUCGGACAGCAUCUAACUACGACUUGACGGAUACCGUUGAAGCAGACCUGUCAAAGAAUCGAUUGAUUGACAUCCCAUCAGAAGUGUGUCAUCUGGUCUCUUUGGAAACGCUGAACCUUUAUCACAACUGCAUCAGGAGCAUUCCAGAUACCAUCAUUAGUCUACAGUCCCUAACUUGCUUACACAUCAGCCGGAAUCAGCUGUCAGUGCUGCCAGCGUGUGUGUGUGGUCUUCCUCUGCGAGUUCUCAAUGCCAGCAAUAACAAACUCAACGCACUUCCAGAAAGCAUUGGUCAGCUCACCAGUCUCAUGGAACUGGAUGUAAGCUGUAAUGAAAUCACAGCUCUUCCACGCCACAUUGGCCGACUAAAAGCCCUUAGAGAACUCAACGUACAUCGAAAUCUUCUCUGUGUCCUACCAGAGGAUUUAUCAGAUCUACCUCUGGUGAAGUUUGACUUCUCCUGUAAUAAAGUUUCCACUAUUCCUGUUUGCUAUCGAAAAAUGACCCAACUCCAGUCAUUACAACUGGAAAACAAUCCACUUCAAAGUCCUCCUGCACAGAUCUGCAUGAAGGGUAAGAUUCAUAUAUUUAAAUACCUCGCCAUGGAGGCAUGUCGUAGUGACAAGAUGGCAGACGGGCUGUACCUGCCUGUGACGGACCGCCUCAGCUUGACACGACCCACCAAUGGGAGUAUUGAGGACAUUGAUCAGCACAAGAAACUUGACAGUGACUCUGGGGUGGGCAGUGAUAAUGGAGAUAAGCGCCUAUCUGCUACUGAGCCAUCAGAUGAAGACAGUCUCAGCUUGAAUGUGCCCAUGACUAACAUCACAGAGGAGGAAGGCUUGAGCAAAGACGACUCCAGUGAACAUAUCAGUGCGCUGACAGCAGACAGAAGUCCAUCUGAUUCUCUUAAGAGGCAGCUGGGCUACAGGGACUCCACCCUUAGUACACCGUUCAUCAACUAUAUCAAGGGUCGCAGUGCUGACUUUGAUGAGCCCCUCAGAAUAGAAGAAGACAGGAACUGGACUUCAGAAGAAACGUCAAAGGUCAAUAUGAUCAAUCAGUUAAAGGAGGCUGUGGAGAUGCUGCAGGAUCCUAACAGGGUUAACAUGAGCUCGGCUGAUCUGUCUGGUAUUAAGCUCUACCCUGUGGAGAUGGUUACAGUAGAUGACUCGCUCAAUGGACAGGAGAAUGAUGAGGGUCAGCUGACACCUAAGGCAGCCCCUGGAGAAUGCUGGGAGUUCCAGAGGAAGCGACAGUACAUUCUAGAACGGGCCCGACUCGAGGCCCAACUCGCAUGCCAGCAGUAUGCUUUGCACAUGGCACAACAGGGGGACGUGAUUGGUGAGGAAGAAUCAGAAGAUAGUUCUGAAAACCAAGUUACCAAGAAUGAAGACAGAACGCCAGUUUGCAGUCCCACAAUGACUUCUCCCUUUGGGUUAAAGCCCAGAUCAGCUUCACCCUCUGUGCCCUAUUUGGCUCUGCCCUAUCCCCUGCCCCUUAUACAGGCCCUGCAAACCGAUAGUGACACGCCCACUAGUCCUGGUGAUGGAGACAUGCAAAGCGGUGUGUUUUUCAGGACACACAAGAAUCUGGAAUCAGUCGAUCCUCAAUUUACCAUGAGAAGAAAGAUGGAGCAACUGAGAGAAGAGCUUGAGCUCACAGAACAACUACGAGAGAGCAUUGAGAGCAGACUUAAAGUAAUACUUCCUGAAGAUCUGGGUACGUCUCUCAUGGAUGGGGUCGUGCUGUGUCACUUAGCAAAUCACAUUCGGCCGCGUUCAGUGGCCAGUAUCCACGUACCGUCCCCUGCAGUGCCCAGACUUAGCAUGGCUAAAUGCCGCAGAAACGUUGAAAACUUUUUGGAUGCCUGCAGGAAAAUGAAAGUCCCUGAGGAUAAGUUAUGUCUGCCUCAUCAUAUUCUGGAGGGGAAGGGGCUCAUCAAAGUUGGCAUCACUGUCCAAGCUUUGCUAGAUGAGACUUCAACCAUACAGACACUCUUCCCAUAAGUCGCACACAUACACAAGCAUCUACACAGCUAACUGACAUGUACACAACACAAACACUCCUAACUGUGGAUGAAUAUGCACCUGUUGCUAGCUGACCUCUACCAACUAUAUAUUUCUAUUAUAAUUUUUGAUCCUCAACUACAGGUAAACGUCGAUGUUUUCCAUUUUAUAAUAUAUGUAAAAUAUAUACAUUUUUGAUAUGAUAUUACUGUUUCACAGGCUGUAAUCUUGUAUCCAAAAUUAGCUUAAAACUUGAGUUAUGAAAUGUAUUUAAUACACAUAUAUUUAUUAAACUGUUAGUUGAGAGAUGUACACAAUUAGAAAAAAGACAGUAUUUUUCUGAUUUUAUAUAUAUUUACAUUAUAUUACACAUUUUGUGUGUUUGUUUAGUUUUAUUGGCACUACAGUUGUCUACCAGAGUCUGGGUGUUAAACACUCGCCCUCCCAGUGUCUUUAAAUACUGUAUGACAUUUGUAAAAUAUUUUUUUUUAACAUUUUUUUGGGAGACAUUGAUGUUCAGUCUCAGGGGAGAGGUGUGCCUCACUAGUUUCAUUAAGUCUUCUGCUUGCCUAUUAGCCAGGUAUUUAUCCACUAAGUAUGUCUCUCUGUGUGUGUGUAUGUGCAGUUGAAAGCAACAUACCCAACUAAUGUUUUCAUUUGUAUGUGUACAAUUGUGAGAAAAAUACCAUAUCGUCAGUAAUUCCUUUUGUGAGAGAACGAGAGCACAUGUUUGCACUUUUUUAUGUUUGUUUGUAUGCAAGGACGUUUUUUAACUUUGUUCUACCUGUGUGUAUUUGCUUACGUAAAGCUUGAUGUCCAAAGUUUCAGCUCCAAACAGAUACAUACAUGAAUCGAAACAAAACCUGAAGAUGGUUUCUCAGUGGAGAUUAUUUGACAGUUGCCAAAAUUUUCAUAUAACAUACUGAUGUUUAAAAACAAGAUCCACAAACAUAAUUAUUUUAUACAGGUCUAAAUAAGUUUUAUUUGUUAAGGGUUUGUAAUGUAAUAAUGGUGUGUUGUAAUAUAAAAAUGGACAGGACAUGUAUAUUUGAUGUGCAUAUUUCAGUGAGAAUACGUGUUCUUUUUUAAACCUAAGCACAACUUAAUAAAUUGUCGAAAAAUAGGCAAAAAACUUUUUUCACAAAAAGAAUCACUUGGCUGUAAUUUGGGUAUUCAUAAAAAUAAAUCAAAAUCCUGUAGUUUUAAAUAAAAAUACUUUCUCAAAGGUUAUCUCGACUGCAUAAUUACUAAUAAAACCUUAAUUAAAGGAACAGUAUGUAGGAUUGUGGCCAAAACUGGUAUUGCAAUAACAAAACUUGUGGCUAAAACUGGUACUGCAAUCACACAACUGGUGGCCAAUACACAAAAUGACAACAUAAACAUCAGUUGAGGGCUGCAACUCCACUUUUUAAAUGACAAUAUCCUGACCAGACCACUGUUGUUAGUGAUAGAAGUAUUUGAAAUGAAAAUGAUUUCUUAAUGUCUAGUGACAUAUCAGGGCCAUUUUAUGAUAAAUUGAUAAAAAUUUCUUACAUACUGUUCCUUUAAAGGAAAACACCACCGUUUUUCAAUAUUUUACUGCAUGCCGAGGUUAAAGUGCUGCAAACUAAGUGCUCUUCCGACAUACAAUAUGUUCUCAUUUUUAUCCACUUUAAAAAAACGCCACGAAAACAUGGGGUGUUUGGUGGCUUCUAAAUUCAUCCCUGUUUGGAUCCUAAGGAAUGAAUGGGGCUAGGCUACAUGCUAACACAUUCACAACGUGCUGUACAAAGAUAAAGUGCACGCAUUGAAAAAUGAUCGGUAUGUAUUAUUAUUCUAAGUUGAGGUAAGAACAUAGUAAAAUAUUGAAAACUGUGGUGUUUUCCUUUAUGAGUGUCAAGUAAAUUUCUAUAAUUACACAAUGAGAAGUAGAGGUGCACCAAUAUGAAAUUUUUCCACCGAUACCUGAUUAUUUAGACUGAUAUCUGACGAUAUUUUGGUAUUUAUAUUUUACAUAAACCUGUCAAAUAAAUUGAAAUAAAAAAAUUCUACCAUGGAAAUGGAAGAAGUGCAGAGAAUUUAGAGACAUCUGAAAAAUACUUACAUAAAGUGGAGAGCAUUUUAGUCUUUACAUCGGUUUACUUAGGAGGCGUACACACCAAACACAAAUUUAAUGUUUUGCGCUAGAAGAUUACAUACAAAGUCAAAGCAAAGAUGCAAAUUUGCGCAAGGCGAUGCGAACUUCCGUGCAAGUUGAAAAAAUUUAAUAUUUGCCUGACCAACUUUAAAUCCAGCGAGUUAUAUUGAGUGAGGAAUGCGAUGCGAAUACACAGCUUCAGUUUGGUCUGUAUUCCCCUAUUAUAUAUUUAAAUCAACCUCUUUAAAUCUUUUAUAUACAUGCUCAAAACAAAAAUACUUUUAUUUCUCAGCAGAAUUUCAGAUGUCUUUGAAUUUGAUCUCAUCUCUUGUCUGAAUGCUGCUUAAAAUGUAAUCGUUCUGUAUAAAAUCCUGCUGUAUGUUUUGAGAAAUUCUUUUCCUGUGACAUUUCAUUUUAAAAGUUUAUGGACUGUGGUUUAUUAAAACGCAAGAUCACAACAAUUUUUAUUGUUGUAAAACAUACAUUUGGUAAGAGUUUAAAUACAGAUUUGUUUUUUUGAAAUGACAGCGUUUGCACUUUAUGUAUUUGGGACUGUUUUUUGGCAACUGGCAAAUAGUAAUAUAGUAUUUAUAUUUCAGUAUUUGGAGAAACUAAAAUAUAUCAGCUGAUCGAAUCACUGUAAUGUGUGAUAAAAAAAAAAUCACAAAAUGGGAUCCAAAUCUUUUCCUGCUGAAUGUUAUGUUGCUAUUUUGUCUUUCUUCAUCUUAAUGUAAAAGAAAGAAGUCUUGUACUACACACUUUUUUGUAAUUCAAUUUUUAUAAGUAAGAAUUAUUUUUUCAUGUCUUUUCAAUGCUUGGGAUUUUCUGAUGUACUAUAUUUUACCCCUUUGUAAUUCUGUGAAGUUUUUAAAGUGCCUGUACAGAAAUGUGUAAUGCAUGUCACUCCACCUUUUGCCUUAACCUCUGUAAAUACGGUUUAUUUGUACCAGCUUUUACCAGUAAAUACUUUCACGUUCAAA